AUGGCGUGGGGAACCGAGCUGCCGCUGCUCCUUCCAUCAUCCCCUGCCUGGCACCGCCAGCCUCUGAUUUCCAGCCCCCGCUGUGGCUGCGUGGUCCCCAGUCUCGGGUGGGAGCAGCGAGUGCCUCUUUCCCCGACGGUAUCCCCGCUCCAGUGGGCUCGGCUUGGCCAGCCCUCUGCUAGCCGGCCCGGCCACUGGGAGCGGGUCCAGCACAGUGCUCGCCGCAGCCCGCAGGAGCCCCCAGCCGCGGGAAGGCAGCCUGUGUCCGUGCACCCGUGGGCGAUUCGGGAUUGCUGCUCGUUCCACCUGCCACUCCUGUGCUCUGUGAUGUCACAGGCGGCUGCUGGGCAACCCUGGAACCCGGGGCCGGGUUUGGAAUCCCGCCGAGGAGUCACCCAGAGCAGCCGGGGAGAGAUGGACGUCGCUGCCAAGCCCCACAUCCCCCCCGCCAUGGCUCUGUAUGCCGAGAAGCACGGUGUCUUCCAGCUGAUGCAAAGCAUGGUGGAGGCCCUGCUCAUCCACCAGCCCGAGGACCCCAUCUCCUUCAUGAUAGACCACCUGAAGCAGGACAGCGACCACGUGCCCAGGGUGUUCGUGCUGGGUCCGCCGGCCGCCGGGAAAACCACCAUUGCCAUGUGGCUCUGCAAGCACCUCAACGCCUCCUACCUCAGCCAGCAGAAGCUGCUGGCCAACAAGACGCUGGUGCUGGCCAAGGAGGCGCAGAGCUACCAGCAGCGGCAGGAGCAGAUCCCCGACGAGCUCUGGGUCGACCUGCUCCAGGACCGCCUCUCAGACGUGGACUGCAUCAGGGAGGGCUGGGUCCUGGACGGCUUCCCCCAGACCCGCAAGCAAGCCUUGCUGCUGCAGACCUCCGGCAUCGUGCCGCGGCACGUGGUGGCGCUUUACGCGCCAGACACCGUGCUGGUGGAGAGGAACCUAGGCAAACGCCUAGACCCCGUCAGCACGGAGGUGUACCAUACCACCUUUGACUGGCCGACCGACCCCACGGUGGAGCAGCGCCUGGUGCAGCCCGACGGCUGCUCGGAGCAGGCCACAGCCAAGCGGUUGCUGGAGUAUCACCGCAACAUCCAGGGCAUCUUCCAGUCCUACCGGGGGAACCUCCGGACCGUCAAUGCCGACCAGCCCUGCGCCGAUGUCUUCUCCCAGGUGCUGACGUUCGUGGAGAGCCAGCCCCGCUCGGCCGCCCCCUUCACCCCCCGGGUCCUGCUCUGCGGGCCCCCUGGCAGCGGGAAGAGCCUGCAGGCUGCCCUGCUGGCCCAGAAAUACGGCCUGGUCAACGUGGGCUGCGGGCAGCUGCUGAAGGAGGCCGUGGCGGAGAAGUCGAAGAUCGGGGAGCUCAUCAAGCCGUAUUUCGAGAGCAGCUGCCCGGUGGCGGAUAACCUGGUGCUGAAGGUGCUGCGGGAGCGGUUGGGCAAGCUGGACUGCGCGUCCUUCGGCUGGGUGCUGCAUGGCUUCCCGCGCGACGCAGACCAGGCCGAGCUGCUGAGGAACACCGGCUUCGUCCCCAACCGGGUCUUCUUUCUCACCCUGCCGGUGGAGGCCAUCCUGGAGCGGGUCUCUCAGCGGGCCACGGACCCCGUCACGGGCGAGCGCUACCACCACCUGUACAAGCCGGCCCCGAGCCUGGAGCUGCGCCGGCGCCUGCGGCAGAACCCCCAGGACGCGGCGGAGAAGCUGGAGCUGCAGGUGGAUCUGUACAGCCGGCACGUGGCGGACUUGGAGGAGUUCUACGAGGAUGCCGUCUACGUCAACGCCGACCAAGACCCCUACACUGUCUUCGAGUCCAUAGAGAGCUGCGUCACUCGGCCCCUGCCCCUCCGCACCGUCUAG